AUGGCAAGCCAAAUCUCCGACGCCGCCGGCGGCCUCUCCUCCCAAGCCGGCGGUAUGAGCGGCAUGCCCCUCGGCGGCAUGAGCGGCGCCCUACAAGGCGGCGUGAACAACCUCUUCAACACGGGCCAAAACAUCCUGGACAAAUGGUUCCCGCCGGCGAAACGCGAGGAGCUGAAGAACAAGCUCAUGAAAUUCGCGACAGAGCGCCCGCAACUGGCCGCGUUCCUGCUCUCGCAGAUCGCCCUGUCCGGCAUCCCGCUGGCCCUGUUCGUCAUCAUGAGCAUCACCGUGCUCGUCUUCGCGCUGCUGGCCGGCAUCAUCGUGGGCGUGCUGGGCGCGGUGCUGUUCACGGUGUUCUGCCUCGGGCUCGCGCUGAUCAUCCUGCUGCCGACGCUCUUCAUGACCACCUUCGCCGGCUUGUUUGUCUUCCUCUGGGGCUUGGGCGCCUACUACAUCGUCAAGUGGUUCAAUCAGAAAGAGAUCCCGGGCGUGCACAAGGGCGGCAAGGAGGAGAUGCAGAAGCAGAUGGGGCUGGAUAAUCUGCCGGCUGGGAACGGGGCCGCGGCCCCGCCAAAGAAAGAUGCCGGUCCCGAUGAAGCACAAGCGAAUGGACAAGCGAAUGGACACGCGGAACAGAAAGAACAUAAAGAACAUAAAGAACAUAAACCAGCCAACAAGUCGAAAUCACCUCCUACGGCGCAGAGGUCACACACUCCGAGUGGGAAGGGGACAGGUGCUGAUCGUGGUUCUGACGGCGAUGUGAAAAAGACGGCUGGUGGCGCGGUGUCGGGAGCGACAUCGGGAGUGGGAGUAUGA